AUGCGUUCCUGGCACGCCUGGGGCCUGACUGGCUUAGCCAGCCUAGCAGUUGCCCAAUGUGUGACCGUUGGCUCGACCGUGGCUUCGGCAUGUGCUGCAGUCACUGCCGCCGCUUCUUCGACUGCAUCGCCUACAGCCCUGUCAUCUCCGACCUCCUCUUCAGUGGUCAUUGUUGCUACCGAUAGCUCCGGGCAGUUUACUGCAAUCGGCGAUGCCAUCGCCUAUGCUCAGCAACAAGGGAUUCCUACUGUCACUGUAAAAGCAGGAACCUAUACCCAAGCGGUCACCGUCUCUGCCACACCCUCGGUCACCAUCGUUGGUGAAACUGCCAAUCAAAAUGACUAUGCGCAAAAUCAAGUCACCGUCUCUGCUACCAGCCCUCUCGUCAUCUCUGUCAACGUCCUCGGUAUCACAUUCAGCAACAUCAACUUUGUCAACACCGCGACGGGUAGCUAUGGGGCAGCCACCAUCCGCGGAUCCAAGAAUGCAUUUUACCAAUGCCAGUUCGUGUCUGCGGGAAGCUUAGGUAUCACCGCCAGUCUGGGACUGGGUAUUAUUGCCAACAGCUAUAUCGAGGCCCUGGACAAGGUAAUCUACAACUAUCCCAGUCUGUACAUCUACAACACCACGAUCGUACCUAUUAGUUCCAGCGCCCUUCUUGUUUACAACAAGGGCUACACAUCUGGAACCACCUUGUACAAUUCGACCGUUAUCUUUGAUUCUUGCUCUGUCCAGCAAAAGUCCGGCACGAGCAACCAGAACGUCUACUUGGCAGCAGCAAACAAUGGCGGAGGAUCCGUCGUCGUUUUCCGGAACACGUAUCUGGCGGGUUUGAUUGCUGCUACGGGUGUGCAUGUCGACGCAGCCACUCAGAAUACCCUCAAUUUCUAUGGUGAAUACGGGACUACAGGAGCGGGGUCUUACUCCAGCAAUCAGGCCUCGCGCUCGCAAUACAUGUCGCUGAUGAGUGCGUCGGAACUGACCCGCUUUUCGAUAGACCAGGUAUUUGCCGGCGUAUAUCCUCAAUUUGCCUCUUCGUCUACCAACUGGGUAUACGCGGAUGUCCUGUCAGACAUUGCAAACUCGGACGUGAUUCAAAGUGCAUCCACAGCCGUGGCCACAUCGUCUGCCGUUGCCACAUCGACUGCAGCUUUGACCUCUUCCAGCAUGGCCUCUGCGACGUCUACCGCAGCCACGCCGUCCUCCACCCUGGUUGUCUCCCAGAAUCCCACUGCUGGCCAGUACGCGAAUGUCAGCCAGGCCAUCGCAGCGCUGCCUAAUGAUGGCCAGGCAUACACAAUCUACAUCAAGGCGGGAACCUAUACCGAGCAGAUUUCCAUCACUCGCGCAGGCAAGGUUACCCUUCGUGGUGAAACCUCCUUUGAGAAUGAUUACACCCAAAACCUGGUUACCAUCCAGUUUUCUUACGGUGUCCUGACCAGUGCUGGCCAGGAUGAAAGCACUCCGGUUAUCUAUGCAAAGAAGACGGAUGGCUCUGGACUCGCGCUGUACAACAUCAACUUUGUUAACACGUACCCGCAGACCACGAACACCGCUGCCUUGGCUGCGGACUUUUACGGUUCAAACAUGGCAGCAUACGGUUGCUCCUUCAUCGGUUACCAAGAUACGCUCUUGGCUAACAAAGGUACGCAAGUAUUCUCGAAUUGCUACAUCGAGGGAUCGGUCGAUUACAUUUGGGGUUUCUCGACUGCCUAUUUCCACCAGUGCUACAUCGCGGCGAAUACUGCCGGCGCGUGUAUUGCCGCCCAGAGUCGUUCCUCUUCCACUGCCGCUGGGGGGUAUGUGUUUGACAGUUGCUAUAUGACCUACACCAACUCCUACGGUACUACUUUUGGUCAAACGUACCUCGGCAGACCUUACUCCCAGUACAGUAUUGCCGUUUACAUGAACUCCUACCUGGACAAGCACAUCAACAGCGCCGGAUGGAGCAUUUGGUCUACCAGCGCCCCCCAAACUGACCACGUCACCUUUGGAGAGUACAACAACUCGGGUCCUGGAGCAUGGUCGUCCGGCCGCGCGUCAUUUGCAACCAACCUGACUGCAGAUGCUGCCAGCGCAUACACACUCUCGUCCUGGAUUGGGGAUACGACCUGGUUGGACAUGACAGCGUAUAGCUAUGUUCCUUCCUAUAGCCUCACUGGACCAUCUACCACUCCUACCACUACUGCGACUCCCUCUUCCACAGCGACUGCAACGUGGGGACAUCCAACCAGCGGAACCACACCCCCAGCAGGCGCGGUUAUUGUCUCCCAAGGUGGCUCUGUCAACGGUUCCUACAGCAACUUGACGGCUGCAUUGGCUGCUCUGCCCAAUGACGCUUCGACCCAGAUCAUCUUCAUGUAUCCUGGCACCUACACUGAGCAGGUUCCUUCGAUCAACCGGAAUGGACCUGUUCAGAUCAUUGGUUAUCAGAUAGGAAACCCUGGCGAGACAUACAGCACCAACCAAGUUACUAUCACCUUUGCACGCGGCCUGUCUCUGUCUCCUCCGCAAACAGGCCACUCUGACGCCGAGACGGCAACUCUGUCCACCGCCAGCAACAAGAUUGCGCUUUACAACAUCAACAUCAUCAACAGUGAUAAUUUGGAUGGAUCGCAGUCGUCCUACGUGACUCUCGCCGCAUCGAUCUAUGGCUCACAAAUUGGUUUCUAUGGCUGUAGCUUUAUCGGUUGGCAAGAUACCCUGUUGACUGGCAGUACAGCCGGAUAUCAGUACUACGAAUCGUGCUAUGUCGAGGGUGCAAUCUGUGAGAACGUGAUGGAAUGA